AUGCUACAUCUAGAGUACCUCAAUAUUUUCUAUGCUCUUAAAACGACAAAGGAUUCCCCACAAGAUGUUGGCCGAGAAAAAGAAGAAAAAGAGAAAAACAAAUCCGCAGAGGAAUUUGUUGUGGUGAGAAAAGAUAAGGAAAAGAGAAGAACUCGUUCAGAGAAAGAAUUUGAGGAACUCGAUUUUCAUAAGACUGAAAGUCACGUCCCUGUAAUGCUAGGGGAAGUUGUUGAUGUUUUCUCUUCGUUACAUCUUCGCUCUUUCAUCGAUUGCACUCUUGGCGCCGCCGGUCAUUCCUCUGCUAUAAUAAAGGGGCAUCCUGAAUUAGAAUGUUACAUAGGAAUGGAUGUCGAUCCAGUUGCACAUGCCAAGUCACGUGCUAACAUUGAUGCUCUCUUGCAUUCAACUCCUUCCAAUUUGAAACCACACUUGCUUUUCAAGAAUUUUAAGUAUAUAAAAUCUGUGAUUGGUGAGAUUGAUGAUUACAAUCUCUUGAGCUGUGGAGUUGAUGGCAUCUUAAUGGACCUUGGAAUGUCAUCCAUGCAGGUGAACAAUCCUCAUAGAGGGUUUGGUGUACUGGCUAAUGGACCUCUUGAUAUGCGGAUGGAUCCUCGGGCAAGUGUGAAAGCAAAAGACAUAUUAAAUUAUUGGCCAGAAGAUGAAGUGGGCCGAAUUCUGCGGGAGUAUGGAGAAGAAAGCAACUGGCGUUGGCUUCAGAAAAAGGUUGUUCAGGCUCGUCAACAAGGUGGUUUGCAUUCUACUGGCGAACUAAGAGAUCUUAUUCAGGGUACAACUCGUGGAGCAAGAGAAGGGAGGCAAGGUUGGAUAAAGACAGCAACACGGGUGUUUCAAGCUCUGAGAAUAGCUGUCAAUGAUGAACUUAAUACCCUGGAGAAGUCUCUUCAUGCCUGUUUUGAGUCCCUUGCCCCUGGAGGAAGGCUUGCUGUCAUCUCUUUCCACAGUUUGGAAGACAGAAUUGUAAAACAAGCAUUCCUCAAAAUUAUUGAAAGCAACGAGGGAAAUGGAGAUGGGGUUGAAGAAGAGACGGGUAAAAGAGAUUUAAGAAAGGUGAGAAAUGAGAGUGAUGCAAAAGAAGCAUGGAUUCGACAGAUGGUACGAGGCCAGAAUGGAACAAUCCUAACCAAGAGACCAAUUACACCAUCUGAAGAGGAGGAAGGAUUGAAUCGCAGGUCUAGGAGUGCCAAACUUCGUGUGAUAGAGAAAGUUCGUUGA